UUGCAAUCUCAUGCUGAGAUUCAGAAGAGGCAGAAUGGCGCCCAAAGCGUGGUGGUGAACCUGAGGUCAGAAGUUCUUUACCUUCUUGCUACAGAUAUUACGAAGUUGAUUGCAGCAAACAGGACUCUGAUUGUGAGAUCAACGCGUCAACAAUGAAGCAAGGGGCGGGCUUUGUUUCUCGGGUUCUCCCUCAAUCUUGUUGCCGCCAGACUGCAUCAACCAGAAUAUAUCUGCUGCUUUCACUUGUGCUACUAAGUCAUUGGAUGCUGGCGGUGGAUGCUAUCUCAGGCAGGCUGCCCGAUGUUGCCCUUAGAGGGGUUGCUCCUGCAGACCUUGCGUUGUACGAGGCAGACCCCCUAUUCUGCCGCGACCACUCCCGUAAGAUCGCCGUCUCGCAGUUGAACGAUGAUUUCUGCGACUGCCCCGAUGGCUCGGACGAGCCAGGCACCUCCGCGUGUCCCGACGGCCGCUUCUACUGCCGCAACAAGGGGUACCACCCUAUCAGUAUCUUCUCAUCGAGGGUCAAUGAUGGAAUUUGCGACUGCUGCGACGGCAGUGAUGAGUGGGCCACCCCUGGGGCCUGCCCCAACACGUGCCUCCAGGCGGGGGCCGCAUACCGCACGCAACUGUCGGCUGAAGCGGCCGCCUAUUCGGAGGGCCACAAGGUGCGGACGAAAUAUGUGGCCAAGGCUCAGGGGCUGCGGCAGCAGUGGGAGUCGCAGCUGGAGAAGGCCAAAGCCGACAAGCUGAAGCAGGAAGCCAAGGAGAAAGAGCUAAAGGCUCGCAAGGAGGCAGUAGAAGCCGCCGAAAAGGCGCAGCGCGAGUGGCGCGAGCAACAGGAGAAGGCGGCCAAGGCGGCCGAACCCGCGGCCCCCGAGCAGCCCCCGGCGCUGGCGCCCGAAGGGGCCCCCGCUCCCCCAGUGGUCCCGCAAGAGGGGGGUCCGGAAGAGGGGCAAUCGGAAGGGGGGGAAGAGGCGGAAGCUGCGUUGGAAGGGACAGAAACUGAGGGAGGGGGCGCGGAGGAAGGAGAAGAGGCAGCCCCAGAAGUCCCCCCCCUGGGCGAGGAAGACGCGGCCGCGCAUGCCGGCCAGCUGUCAGCAGAGGAGCUCGGCCGGCGGGUGGCAAGCCGAUGGACUCACAACGAAGAGGCGGUCGGGGAUGUGCAACUAGAGGCGGAACAAAAGUUGGAUCAAGAAGGGGAGGACUGGGCGGCAGAAGCGCGGGAGGAGGCAGAGCAGUACGGCGAGGUGGGGGGAGAAGAACUGGUGGAGGAAGGGGGGGAAACGGGGGGGGAAACCGGGGGGGAGACGGAAACAGCGGAGGUACCGGCGACGGAGACAGGCUCACUCCUCGCCUCCGUGACCGGUUUCUUCCGGCGGGUGUUGCCUGAGUCCGUCGCCCGUCUAGUUGUCCCGGGGCCUCCCCCGCACGUGCAAGACUCAGAGGUGGAGAGCGUACGUGCGGAGUGGAACGUGGCGCAGUCGAAGCUGACGGAGUUCUCGUCGAAAGUAACUGACCUAGAGACGAAGCUUGGCCGCGACUACGGGCCGGACGACGUGUUUGUGGCGCUCGCGGACGAGUGCUUUGAAGUCCCCGUGAAGCAGUACAAAUACAAGGUUUGCAUGUUUGGCGACGCGACUCAGGAGGAGAAUGGGCAGAGUGUCCGGCUCGGGGGCUGGGCAGGGUGGCUGGACAACUAUAGCGCGUUCCACUUCACAAACGGCCAGCACUGCUGGAACGGGCCGAUGCGGAGCCUCAAGGUGCGCCUCCGGUGCGGCCCUAAGAACGAGCUAAGCAACAUCAAUGAGCCAAGCCGCUGCGAGUACACGGCAGACUUGGCGACCCCCGCGCUCUGCACGGACGAAGCGACGAAGGCUGUCAAGGAAGAGCUUGCCAGUGCCGAGAGGAUAGCAAAAGAACUGAAGGACGAACUGUAAACGGAUGUGCGCGGGAACUUAUUUAGUCACAGAUUAAGCACACUUUUUGGUCAAUGAAACUGGUUUCGUAUGAAGUACAAAUGAUGAUGUGGAUUGCUGUGCUUUGCCUGCGAUCGAGGAUCCCGGCACGGCUGAAGGAGGCCUAUCCUUUGCACCCGCACCUCAGUCCCUACCUUUUGUCGAGGACAUUGGCCCUGAGCGCCGCAUGCGGACUGAUUGGAUCGUGUAUGCAUUGCCUUGGCCUCGUGGGUGACCGUUUGACUCAACUUUGGAGGCGUUGGGUAAUGCUGCAUCGGAAGCAGGCGCCGGUCAACACCAAGAGCACUCUACGACCCG